AUGAACGACGACUGGGAAUCGUUGGAUGACGAUGACAGUGCUAUCGGUGGCUUGGAUUUUGGCGUUGGUACUUAUGGCAAACGUCUCAGUGAAGGCACUUACAUUACAAUGUUCAACGCUCCCAAGAUGGAGAUGCAUGAAGUCCUCAUCGAUAUGGUUCUAGCGUACGACAACACUGGGAGAACGCGCACAAGAAGUGCCAUGAUAAUCUACAGAGAAAAUGAAGAUGUGUUUCUGCGUUGCAUGAACGUUGAUCCGAGUGAUGACGAACUGAAGAAGAAGAUCCGUGAAACCUUCACCAGGAAGCUCAAGAAGCUACACGUCAUGAUUGAUCACGGCAAUAUGUACCCGCUCCUUUCGACGAAGAAAGGAUUGAUCCUUUUCCUUGAGCAUGACAAACAAAAGAAUGACUUGCCCUCGAAGAGAUACAUCCCAAUUCAAGACAAUCUCCCUAAGCUCCUCAAGAAAUGCAAGGGCUUCCUUAUCGACGACCUUGCAAAGAGGAACAACCCACUGAGCGAAUCAACACUGAAAGACAGUCUUCGUGCUCUUGGAAACAAUAUGGAACAACACGGCCUGAAGAUCCAGUUCGAAUACAUCUUAAAGCCCAUAAUGAUCGUACACCCGCCCAAGCGUGGUCACAUAUGGCAAGAACAGAAUGGGCCGGACGACGAUGACGAACCACCCGAGCAGGUGGAACUCCCCCCCAGAGCUCGAAUUAUAGCAGAACAACCCACAUUCUCGGAUCCGUUUCUUCUCGAGCUGCAAGAAACAAAGGCAGCACAGGCCCAAGUGAAAGAGAUGAUGGAAAGAACAGAGAAAAAAAACCAAGAGCGACUUGACGUACUUGUUGGCGCCUACAACAAUCUCGUUGAUGCAGUGAAAGUAGCCAACAAGGACCAGAUUGAGAUGGUGAAGGAGUAUGCGGCGUUGGUGAACCGCAGAUUGGCGCUCCUUGAAAAGGCGACCGAGGGCGCCCUCCUUAUCGACGAGAACGGUAAUACAGCAGAGAGUAACGUGUCUCGUGAAUUUUUCCCAGCCGGGAAAGAAAACUCGGUCGUGCUUGGAACGGAGUCCGAUGACGAGGGGGGCAAGAAGCCCAGGGCUAAGGCAAAGCCCGUCAAGACGACGAAGUCCACUGCCUUCGCAGCGGCUGGACCGACCAGCACUCCGGCCCGUAAGACCCGAGGAUCGGCCAAGACUCCGGCCACGGAGCCUGUUCGUCGCACUACUCGACGCACGAAACACAACAUUGACGACGGUUACCACUGCAACUAG